AUGGCAAUGAACAUUUACGAAAAUCGUUUGGACUCGUUUAAGAGUUGGCCACAUUCGAGUAAAGGCUAUAAAGCCACUCCUGAAAAGUCAAAACUAGUUUUGGCCACAGCCCUAAUAGUUAAAGUCCAUAUUAGGGACUUUAACUAUAAAGAAGCGGGAUUCCAUUACACGCCAACCAUUGAUUCAGAUGAUUCUGCGACGUGCAUCAAUUGUGGGCUAUGUUUAGAUGGAUGGGAACCUCAAGAUGAUCCAACAGCACCAAAAUGCGCAUUUUUUUCCAAGUCGAAAAAAGGAGGCAAUCUUAAGACAAAAUCCCAGAAAAACGACGACGAAAAGGAAAAUGUUAAUAACAAAGCCGAGAAUUUACUUGUAGAAUCACCACAAGAAUAUGUUGAACCACCGCCACCGACAGCACCCAAACAAAACGACGACGAAAAUAUUAAUAACAAGGCUGAAAAUUCAUUUGUAGAAUCACCAUCACAAGAACAUGCUAUUGAGCAACCACCACCGAAAACACCCCAACAAAAUGAUAACGAAAAUGUUAGUGACAAGGCUGAAAAUUCAUUUGUAGAAGCGCCAUCACAAGAACAUGUUGAACAACUACCACCACCGACAACACCUCAACAAAAUGAUGACGAAAAUGUUAAUAACAAGGCUGAAAAUUCAUUUAUAGAACCGCCAUCACAAGAACAUGUUGAACAACCACCACCACCGACAACACCUCAACUAAAUGACGACGAAAAUGUUAGUAACAAGGCUGAAAAUUCAUUUGUAGAACCGCCACCACAAGAACAUACUGUUGAACCACCGCUACCGACAAAACCUCAACAAAAUGACGACGAAAAUAUUAAUAACAAAGCUGAAAAUUCACUUGUAGAACCACCACCACAAGAACACGUUGAACCACCGCCAACGACAAAAUCCCAACCACAACAAACUGUCGAAGAGAUUAAAACUCUCGAAGAGAUUAAAACUCUCGAAGAGAUUAAAACUGUCGAAGAGAUUAAAACUGUCGAAGAGAUUAAAACUGUCGAAGAGAUUCAAAUUGUCGAAGAGAUUCAAACUAUCGAAGAGAUUAAACCUGUCGAAGAGAUUAAACCUGUCGAAGAGAUUAAAACUGUUGAAGAGAUUAAACUUAAUUUAUAUCGCGAGCAAGAGAGCAAACUCCGAAACACCAUUGCUGUCAUGCAGGUGUUUUUGCAAAAUAAAUAUAAAAAAGCUCGAGAUGCGAUAAUGAAUAUUAAAAUAGUAUAA